AUGAAGCUGUCACAUUUUGGGCGCGAAGGAGAAAUCGAUGGGAGGCAUACUGAUGGCUAUGUGCGACAACAAUAUAAUGUGUCGAUCUCCCAAACAGUCCCCAAGCUUCGUUCUCCACCCCCGCAUUUUGCAGCGAUCUACCUUUAUCACGACGACCAGCUUCGCGUGGAGGUGUCGCCCUCAAUGGCCGGUUAUGGCGGAACCCUUUUCACUCCGGACGUGAGUGGCCGUUUUAUGGAAAUGGCGUUCACCAAUACUCAAGCAAGCAUGCCGUUUACUCCCUGCCAGCACCGUAUUCCGCCUUCCUCAGUCGGCAUGCAACAUGAUCCUGGAUGGGUGCAUACUCAUGAAACCAGAUCUGCAGAACUAAUAUCUUGCGAGUGGCAGACCCCUUCAAGUCGACGACAGCGACACGACCGAGAGCGGGCCGAUAUAAUAAGCUCUCGAUCGAAAUCCGCGUCACAGCCGCCCACUCGUCCACUGGGGAGAACGAUCCUUCGAGUCAGCAACAGGGACCUACUGCGUCGAUACUAUGAAAGGGCCUUUGAAAAAUUUCAACAGUUAAAUUGCCGAAUCAUCGCCAAGUCAUAUAUCAAACUUAUCGAGCCUCGAAAACAGGUGCAUUACCCUUAUAAUGGGAGGAAAGUCAUCUCCGGCGUUUCGCAAUGCAUCGACCCUGAAUUCACCAAGCCCGGAUGGUGGCCCGUCGAGGUGAUACACCGAGAACCAGACCACCUGCUCAAACGUGACCGACUUCGACUUCUUGUCCAUAUACUAUGUGAACUUAAAGACACCCAUGGAGUCACCUCUGCCAAGCUUCACAAAGCUAGUCAGGAUGUGCGCCGGCAAAUUACGCCAGCGAGCCGGCUAGAAGUUUUGGACGAAAUUCAUUUCGUGCGACAGAUGGAAGAGAGAUUCCUAGAUGGAAAGAUAGAUGCAAACACCCUGCUCCAGGUAACACAGGCCCGCCUUUCUGAGGCCAUCUAUCAAGAUCCCGAGCUCUCCUCUCAUGUUCGUGUUGCUCCUACUAUAGCACUGCGCGCCGACUACUAUGGGAGUGGCCCCGGCGAUGAUCGUAGUUUGCUACUCGAUGAGGGCGACCCUUUGGCAAUACAAUCCCACCAAACUCUGCCGCGAUCACCAGGCACCAGCGAUUCGGGUGAACUUUAUAGGCCAAGCACAGAGUUUAACGCGUACACUGUUGGCAUGGUUUCCUCCAAAAUUCACCAGAACAUGCCUCUCUUGUCGGAAGCCAUGCACGAGCAUCUGAAAUAUAUUCCUCACCAUCCUGCCCAAGCGUUUGUUCUACAGGAGAUGCACUCGAAAAUUGGUGCAGCGUGCCCCCUACAAAACAAUUUACAAUACAAAGCUACUGAUUACUCGAAUUGA